AUGUCCGGCUACAACAACGAGUACUACGGCCAGCAGCAGGGCGGCUACUACAACAACAACCAGGGUGGCUAUGGCCAGCAGGGGGGCUACGGCCAGGAGCAGUACGGCCAGCAGCAGCCCCCGUACGGCCAGCAACAGGGCUACGGCCAGGAAGGUCAGCAGCAACACUACCAGCAACAGGGCUACGGCCAGCAAGAAGGCUACGGCCGUCAGGAACAACCCGCCUAUGGCCAGCAAGGCGGCUACUAUGACCAGCAGAACCAGUCUUCCUACGGCCAACAACAGCAACAAUACGGCCAGGAAGGCCACCAGUACGGCGAACGCCAAGGUUACGAGAACCAAGGCCAGGCUACCUCCGGUGAAGGCCAGGAUGGCGAGCGUGGUCUAGGCGGUGCGCUUGCCGGCGGUCUGGCUGGUGGUUUCGCCGGCCACCAGGCACACCACGGCAUUCUGGGAACGAUCGGUGGCGCCAUCAUGGGCAGCAUCGCCGAGGACUUCAUCAAGGAAAAGCGACACAACAACAACCAGGGUGACCAGGGCAGCCAGGGCGGUUACGGCCAAUACUUCCAGAAGUUCGGACGAUUCGCCUCGACUGACACAGCUCCGCCUACCACGACGACCACACUAGCAGAACUGGAAUAUCCUUUGCUUCCUGAGGAUGGCCUAGUCGAGGCCACCGAGGUGUCGGACGUGCCGUCGGCUACAAAUGCUGGGCCUGCAGUUGACAGUCGCAAAGCUUUUAUGAAAGCAGCCAAACAUCGCCAAAAGCUGCAAAAAAUCGGUACUUCCGUAUCGCAAAAAUAUGACCCGAACCACCUCCUCAAGAACCCACCCAAGCCAGCAGACAUCACCCUCGAGCUGCUCCUAGCCUCUCAAACGCAUCUCGGACACACCACAUCGCGAUGGAACGCGCUCAAUUCGCGCUACAUAUUCGGUAUCCGCGAGGGAGUGCACAUCAUCUCCCUCGACGCCACAGCCGCCUACCUUCGGCGUGCCGCCAAGGUAGUUGAAGAAGUAGCUCGACGCGGCGGCCUCAUCCUCUUUGUCGGCACACGCGAAGGGCAAAAGGACAGCGUUGUCCAAGCUGCCGAGCUGGCCCAAGGAUACCAUGUCUUCGAGCGCUGGAUUCCCGGCAGUCUGACCAACGGACAGCAGAUUCUCGGCAACUGCGAGAUCAAAGUGGUCAAUGCCUUGGACAAGGAACUCACCGAAUACCAGCAGUACAUGGCUGACCGGCCGGCCCUGAAACCUGAUCUGGUGAUUUGUCUCAAUCCGAUUGAGAAUGAAGUGUUGCUGCAUGAGUGUGGGCUAAAUAAUAUUCCGACGAUUGGUAUCAUUGAUACCGACGCGGAUCCGACUAGAGUCACGUACCCGAUUCCGGCGAAUGAUGAUAGUUUGCGGUGCGUGCAGCUCGUUGCUGGUGUUUUGGGUAGGGCUGGUGAGGAGGGUCAGCGGCGACGAUUGGAAGCGGCUUCUAGUGGUGUUUUGACGUACAAGCCUGUCAAGGAGAGCGAUAUCAAGCCUGCAUCGGAGAUUGAAGCCUGA